GUCAAAUCUCCCUCCCGCCUGGUGGUGACACCUUUGUUGUUCUGCCGGGAGAAAAUGUGACAAUAGCGUGGAAACUUGAUGUUAGUAUAUCUGACUUAAGUCUUCGAUCGUGGACAUUCCUUCCAAAAGGCGACAACUCUUUUGCUGAAAUCUUCAGAGAUAGGGAUGUGGAUAAAAAGCCCCAAUACUCACCUGGGCCAUUUACAAUAAAAAAUAAUGCAACGUUGAUUUUAAAGAACGUUAAUAUCCAGUACAAUGGAACAUACAGAUUUAGUAUUGUUGCAAAGGGUAAAUUAACUAAAUCUGAUGUUACUGUGUUUAUUGCGG